AUGAUAAUGAUAAUAGAAGUAGGGAAGAAGAGGGCUCCUAACAACCUCUAUGUGCCAACUAAGGCAGUCAGUAUACCCACUGGUAAAACCGACAAAACGCAACUUAGCAUAACGGAUUUUAGGACAGUUACUAGCCCUUCUUCUAGCCCUACAGGCAAGUCAUUGGAAUUAGAUCUCAGCAACGCUCAAUUUACCCCACCUAACGGCAGGGCAUCUUUUAGUCUUAACAUAAGGAAACCGCUAAAUAUCGCGCCAGGUGAACUCGUUAACCUUAUAGCUUUAAUUAGAAUGAUUAUGGACGAGAAAUCUAUCUAUGAUAAAGAACUUGAGACUACUGGUGGUAAAUUCGAAGAGGUAAAGAGUGAGAAGAUUGCAGUUUUAGCUUAUCUAAAGAUUAAAAUAAUCCAGAAAUCUGGGAAUAACCCUGUGGCUCUUACAUUCUGUGGUCUCUUGCUUGUAAAAGCAGAGAGAUUAGCUAUCUCGAGGUAG